UUUAACCCUCGCUCCACACAAAUAUUUACACAGUUUGCAUUCAGUAUAAAUAGACAGAUGACGACUUCAGAUGCUGCAUUACUUUAUUAACACAUGGAAGUUCAUGCGCCUUGAAUUGAAAGAGGCCUUUAAAAAAUUUAAUAAAUAAUCCCUUUUGCGUUGAAAUUGUUGUAUACGAGAUACAGUCACUGUUACUUGUACGUCUGACAGCAGAAUAGAACACCAACAUGGGUAGAUCAAGUAUGAACGCGGAGCUUACCACUACCGAUUUAUUAGCGCGGCAAGCGGAAUUGAAGGUGAAAGCUAAGAAGCAUCAGAUAGCGACUAUAGGCUGGAGUGUGGCCACAGUGGGGACCGCUGUACUGUUCUGGCCGUUGGCUGUACUUGCCUUCCCUGUUGCCGUAGGCGAGCUCAACGGAGCACGCAAACUCAAAGUCAAGGGCAGGAAGGUCAAGGAAGAGUUGAAGAAACGCCGGUUAGCCGAUGGUUCGUACUCUAAUGGCAGUGCAACAGAAACACCUGACCGGUAUUUUGCCUAUCGCGGAAUGAUAGAUGAACCUUACAAUCAGACUAACCGACAACGCGACUCGUACUCAGUGCUGCCCAGGUACCCCACAACAACUUCUUUUGCCCCUUCCGAUCGGGAUGCUGUGGCGUAUGUGCCGUACGCAUACUCGAGUGCUGACCCGCCGAAGUACAGCGAUAUAUCAAACUAUGCUUCUUCUUCCUAUGGCGGGUAUUCGUCCGAUGAAACAUACAACUAUCUGCAACAAACGUAUAACCACCACGCGAGUGAGGUUUUAGCGAACGACCUUGCGUCGUCUUCACAGGCCGGAUAUGCGAGAACCGAAUACAGUAGCAAUCGUCACUCAUAGCAGCCAUCAUGAAACCCGAAUCCGCUCCGUCAUACCAUCUCAUAGACUCGCAGCUUAUGAAAGCAACGCCCAAAAAAUUUAAUAAAUAUAAUCC